GAAGUGAUAAAUAUUAAUGAUAGCUGUUUGACGAGUUCACAAUAGAACCGGUGUUGCUCAGAAUAAAAACGUAUUUUUGGUCUUCUUUUUGUUUAAAGAAGGCAAAUGACAACCGAGUAUGGAUUCCAGAUAAACCAUCUGGAAUUAUGAUGAAUGCUCGUGUGGAAACGAUUUGUUUAUGUACUUUGAGUUUGUUUAUAUUUUGUAAUCAGUUUGUCGUUUUCGUGGAUUAGAAACCUGUUAAUAAUACGAACCAAAAUACAUCAAAUCAUAAUGGAAGUGAGAAGAAUGAACCUCGUCGUCAUGAACACAAAAUCAAAGUGGCGAAAUUAGAUUUUGAAUAUAUUGCAAGGUCUUUUAUCAUAACAGUAUGGGUGUUGCUCGCCACUCUACUCAAAGUCGGAUUUCAUAUGACCUCAAGAUUGUCAAAAGUUGUACCUGAAUCAUGGGGAGCUACAAGUUCCAUUUAUCCAAACCUGCUAUCAGUGUUAGUGUGUUCGAGAAAUUCAUUCUCAAUUAUAUCUUUCAGCAUGGUUAUUUUGCUUGGCGUUCUUCUUGGAUUAAUUUUACACUAUUCCAACUUCAAAAGUGUUGCAGAUAUUCCAUUUUUCAACUCAAGAAUAUUCUUUCUGUUCAUGUUGCCACCAAUUGUUUUGGAUGCUGGCUACUUUCUUCAUAGAAGGGCAUUUUUUGAUAAUAUGGGGACAAUUUUACUCUAUGCUGUCGUGGGAACAAUAUUCAACACGUUUACUGUGGGAAUUACACUUUACGCCACUACAGAUCUUGGUAUUCCUCUUCUACAAGUGUUGCUCUUCUCGUGUCUCAUAGCAGCUGUUGAUCCUGUUGCUGUUCUUGCUGUCUUUGAAGAAGUCCAUGUGAACGAAGUGCUUUAUAUUUUAGUGUUUGGUGAAUCACUCUUAAAUGAUGCUGUAACCGUCGCGCUUUAUCGACUUUUCGAAGCUUUAGCCACCCAGGCCACUGUGGAAAUAGGAGAGGUUCUCAUCGGUAUUGCAGCUUUCUGUGUUGUCAGUAUUGGUGGUGUUCUUAUUGGAUUAUUAUGGGCGUAUUUAACUGCGUAUUUUAGUAACUUUACUGAUCACGUGAGAGUUCUGGAACCGAUUUUCAUCGUCAGCAUGUGUUACAUGUCGUACUUAACUGCCGAGUUUUUCCACUUCUCAGGAAUAAUCAGUAUUGUUACAUGCGGCAUUGUGAUGAAACCGUACGUCGAAGCAAAUAUUUCGCACAAGUCCAGAAUUCCUUUGAAGUAUUUCCUAAAGAUGGCAAGCACCUUGUCAGAGACCGUUAUCUUUAUGAUGUUGGGAGUCAAAAAUACAUUAAACAACUUUUAUUUCUUAACUAAAGGCCACGUCAUUGUUUAUAAUAUUCUUAGGUUGUUGGUUUAAAAUAUGUAAUCUGUCAUUUGAGUUAACACAUAUGGUCAAAAAAUUAUGUGUAGUGCAAAAGUGCAAUUGCUAUUUUUCAUGUAGCUAUUGCUGAAAAGGCUAAUUAAUUUUUUUAAAUAAAGUUUUUCAAUCAAUCAACAAUGACAACAGCAAGCACAUAAAAAGAAAGUAGAUUGGAGAUAUAGUAGGUUUAGUAUUGAAUUUUCAAUUGAAUUACUCUUAUUGCAAUAUUUUCCCCUGAAUUUAAGAACAAUUAGUUGUUGUUACAUUUCUUUAUAACUUUAAAAUUUCUGACAAAAAUCAUCUGAGGGGGAGAUCAUCCUUGAUCUACUACCUCCCUGAGAUUUCCGUUUAAUAUAAAAAAUCUUUUAGUUUAUCAAGUACCAUCAAGUAGGCAAUCAGUUUGAAAUCAAUAUAACGGAAACAAUAUUGUCCAUAGUAAUAUUAGUUUUGAUUAUAUUAGCUACCCGUCAGUGGAAUUUACAAAAACUUUAUAAAGUCUGCCUGACCCUGACAUCAAAAAAUGUUGGUCGAGUGAUUCUUAGAAUUUGUUUGUAAUAGUAGUCUCAACAUUUUUGAUGUAUACAAGGUGAUAUGUUUCAUAUAUGAUAUAAAUGGUGUAUGAUAUAUGAUGAAUGAGAAUGUUUGCGUGAAAUUACUGAAUUUUGCCCUUAUUCUAAAACUUCAAUGAAACUCAUACUCAAUGAUUGCAACACAGAAAUCUCGCUCCUGCCAAGUAAUGGCAAUUUAAUGUAUUCAACAAUGGCAUGUUUUUUUGCCAAAAUAUUUCAAAUCAUAGCUACGCCAUGAAAAUUUGUGAGGGGAUUUUGAAACUUCAUUCUGUGUGUGUGGUUAGGGGUAAGCCUUUAAAAAACAGGCAUUUUUCUUACUGUUUAUUUCAAGUUAUUACAGCUUUUUUGACUUUUUAUUAUUAUAGAUACCAACGAAUGCGAGUCUUCUCCUUGUCACUCUUGUUGCUUAUGCUAUAAUUCUCCAGGCUCAUACUAUUGCAGAAGACAUCUAUGAAUGUAUAAAAGGUGUAAAACAGUGGUAUAGUAUUAUAAUAUUCUGUUUAAUUUGUAUUCAGAAAAAAUAUUAAAAUCUGCUAAAGAGGUUAUAGAUAUUAA